GGUGUCAAGUAGGAGACCGCAGUGGCGCAGUCUCAGAACUAACUUUACCACCGGGGGAGAAACACAAGCGAGGGAUUGCCCGUUAGUCGACUCAAGUUUUUCUUUUUCAGGGGGAGGUUAAGAGAGAGGAUUCAAAAUGCAAUCUUGUGCAAGGUGCGGCUUUGUGGUGUACCCGGCGGAGAAGAUCAACUGCAUUGAUCAGAACUGGCACAAAGCAUGUUUUCACUGCGACAUCUGUAAAAUGGUGCUGACGGCCAAUAACUUUGUCAGCCACAAGAAGAGGCCUUACUGCUCAGUGCAUAACCCGAGGAAUAACACCUUCACCAGCGUGUAUGAGACGCCCAUCAACAUCACCGCCAAAAAGCAAAGCAAGGCCAGCAGUGAGCUGAAGUAUCGCGAGGAUGGCGAACGUUUUAUGUCUACCUUCCACUGUGACAUGAAGUCCAUGGAGCUGGAGAGGGCUCGUCUAGCCAGUCAGAUGGCCGGUCAGACCUUCAAGUCUCAGUCUGAGUUCUCCCAGCAACAGACUUGGUACAACCAGGAGAUGGUGACCAUGUCGCAAGCUCAGACAAACCUCAGUGACGUCAAGUUCAUGGAGGAAUACGAGGAGACCAAAGGCAAAGGCAGCUUCCCUGCCCUGAUCACACCAGGAUACCAAACAGCCAAAACCGCCAACACCCUUGCAAGCAACCUUGAAUACAAGAAAGGCCACGAGGAGAGAAUUUCAAAAUACACAGCCUUCGUGGACCCCCCGGAGGUGCUCCUGGCGAAGAAACAAGGGCAGAUUGUCAGUGAUUACGCCUACACGGAGGAGUACGAGCAGCACAAAGGCAAAGGCAGCUUCCCCGCACAUAUCACGCCCGGAUACAAAAUGUCAAAAAAGGCUUCCGAGCAGGCCAGCAACAUCAAGUAUCGUCACGUAUACGAGCAGGAGAUAAAGGGCAAAGCCAGCGCCGAAGCGGCGGCGGCGGAAAUGGCCUUCGCCAGAGAGAAUGCAGAGAACUUCAGCCAGAUCGCCUACACCGAAGAAUACGAGCAGCAACGGGGCAAAGGAAGCUUCCCCGCCAUGAUAACGCCCGGCUAUCACCUGGCCAAGAAGGCUCAAGAAAAUGCAAGCGAUUUGAAAUACAGAAAAGAUUUAAAGAAAAUGAAGGGCGCUUCGCAUUACCACAACCUGACUUCGGAAGACAACCUGGCCUUGAUGAACGCCCGGAAGAUCAACAAGCUUGUCAGUGAGGUCGAGUACAGAAAAGACUUGGAGAACAGCAAAGGUCACAGCAUCGAUUUUUGCAAGACACCCCAAUUUCAAAAUGCUGCCAAAGUGGCCAAGUUCACCAGUGAUAACAAAUACAAAGAGAAGUACAUCGAUAUGAAGGGCCACUACGAAGGCUCGGGAAUCGACAAGAGGACCAUGCACGCCAUGAAAGCCCGGACGCUGGCCAGUGAUAUUUCAUACAAGCAAGGUCACGAUCAAGAUCAAACCGAGUACACCUACCAAGCCACGCUGACACCGGGAUACCGCUGCCAACGGAAGCUGGACCCGCUUAAAGACAAGAACUACAGGCAGCACAUUGACCAAGUCAAGUACAGCCCAGUAGCGGACACGCCCGAGAUCCUCCUGGCGAGGAAAAACGCUCAACUUGUCAGCAAUCUAAAUUAUAAAGCAGACUACGAGAAGACCAAGCACCUGUACACGCUUAACGAGGACCUACCUCAAAUUAAAAAGGCCAAAGACAAUGCAGUUUUGUGUAGUGAUAUUAAAUACAAGGAAGCCUGGGAGAAGACAAAAUCCAAAGCGUGUGACAUCGGUGUGGACGACCUCAGCGUCAAGGCGGCGAAGGCUUCCCGAGACCUCGCCAGCGAUCUUAAAUAUAAAGAGAACUAUCUGAAGAACAAGGAAUUGGCCGUGGGCGUCAACGUGAGCGACUCCAAGACUUUACAUUCUCUUCAGGUGGCCAAGAUGCACAACGACAUUGCGUACAAGAAGGACUCCAAGGAGAACCAAAGCCGCUACAGACUGAACAUGGACAUGGUCAACCUAAGUCACGCCAAAAAGGCCCAAGCUCUGGCCAGCGAUCUGGAAUAUCGUACCAGGCUGCACGACUACACCGUCAUGGCUGAUGACAUGAAGGUCCAGCAAGCCAAGAAGGCCUAUUCCUUGCAGAGUGAGAACCAGUACCGCUCAGACUUGAACUGGAUGAAAGGAGUGAGCUGGGAGACUGAAGGUUGCCUCAACAUCACCCAGGCCAAGAAAGCUGGAGAUCUGCUCAGUGACAAUAAAUAUCGGCAGAAGGUGGAUCGCAUCAAGUUCACCCACGUGGCGGACAAUCUGUCCAUCCAACAUGCCAAGAAGAGCCAGGAACUGCAGAGCGAUCUGGCGUACAAAGCAAACACGGAGCAGAUGAUCCACCAGUACACCAUGAGCAAGGAUGAGCCGCUUUUCAGACAAGCAAAGGCCAACGCUGAUCUUCUCAGUGCGAAAGUCUACAAAAGUCAAUGGGAGAAACAGCGGGAAAAGGGUUUCGAGCUCCGACUGGACGCACUUUCCAUUCUCACCGCCAGAGCUAAGAGGGACUUGGCCAGUGAUGUCAAAUACAAAGAGCAAUAUGAGAAAACGAAAGGCAAGGUGAUCGGAAUCAAAUCGGUCAGCGACGACUCUCAGAUGGCUCACUCGGCUUUGGCCACCAAACUCCAGAGUGGUCGCGACUACAGGAAGAACUAUGAGGACACCAAGACUCAAUUCAAUGUUUCUCUGGACAUGCUGAACAUCAGCCAGGCCAAGAAGGCCCAAGACUUGGCAGCUGACUACAACUACAGAACAUACCUGCACGAGUACACCACCUUGCCAAGCGACAUGAACGUGGCCUGGGCAAAGAAAGCCUACGGACUGCAGAGCGACAAACUGUACCGCUCCGAUCUGAACUGGAUGAAGGGUGUCGGCUGGGAGGCCUCCAAGUCUUUGGAUGCCCAGCAGGCCAAAAAAGCCGGAGAGGUUCUGAGCGAGAAAAAAUAUCGACAGAAUGUGAGCGACCUGAAGUUUACAAGUGUUGAAGACACACCAGAGAUGGUCCAGGCCAAACUCAGCAACAAACUGGCCAUUGACAGGUUGUACAGAGAGAAGGGCGAAAACAUGAAGCAUAUCUACACCCUCAACGAGGAGCUGCCCGAGUUUGUGCAGGCCAAGAUCAACGCCUUGAACCUGAGUGAGAGUCGCUACAAGGAAUCUUGGACUAAACUACGUGACGGAGGCUAUAAACUGCGUCUGGAUGCGAUUCCGUUCCAAUCGGCUAAAGCGUCAGCUGACAUACUCAGCGACCAAAAAUACAAAGAAGAGUUUGAGAAGACCAAAGGGAAGAUGAUUGGACUGAAAGGGAUGCACGACGACAUCAACAUAUCUCACUCUGUCCACGCUAACAAGCUGCAAAGUGACAUUACGUACAAGAAGGAGUCUGCCAGCCAGCGUUACAAGCACCACCUGCCGAUGGAUAUGAUGGAGGUGACCCACGCCAAGAAGGCCCAGUCUUUGGCCAGCGACCAGGACUACAGGCUCUUCUUACACGAGUACACGUCUCUGCCGGACGACAUGAAGGUCCAGGCGGCUAAGAAGGCGUACGCUCUGCAGAGCGAGAGGAUCUAUCGAUCUGACCUCAAUUACCUGCGGGGUGCCGCAUGGAUCGCAACUGGGGCCCUGCAAAUCGAGGGCUCCAGGAAAGCUACUGACCUUAUCAGUGAUAGAAAGUAUCGCCAGCAUCCAUACAACUUCAGGCACACUUCCGUGGCGGACUCCCCUGACAUGGUCCACGCCAAAUUCAGUGGACUGAUCACAAAUGAGCGUCUGUACAAAGAGAAAGGAGUGAGCGACCAGCACAGCUACACUAUCACGGCAGAGAGACCGGAGAUCACUCAAGCUAAGAUCAACGCGGCUAACUUUAGCGAGAUCCGAUACAGAGACUCCUGGCACAAUCUGAGAGCUCAGGGCUACAAGCUGACCAUGCAGGACAUCCCGUUCCAGGCAGCCAAGAGCUCCACGGGCAUUGCCAGUGAUUACAAAUACAAACACAACCACCUGAUGGAAAAAGGAAAGCACAUCGGCGCACAGAGCGUUUCGGACGACACGUACCUGCUGCACUACACGCAGGCCAACCGUCUGGCCAGCGAUCAGGAGUACCGCAAGGACGCCCUGACGGCCAGCGGACACUACCACCUGACACCUGACAUGGUCCACUUAGUCACGGCCAAGAACGCUCAAGCUCUGGCCAGCGAGCAGGACUACAGGAAGAGGCUUCACGAGUACACCGUGCUUCCCGACGACAUGAAGGUCAAGUGGGCCAAGAAGGCCUACGACCUGCAGAGUGAGACACUGUACAAGUCGGACCUGAACUUCAUGAAGGGCGUGGCGUGGGACGGAGUAGGGGCGCCACAGCUGGAGUCGGCCAAGAAGGCUGGGAAGCUUGUUAGUGAUAAGGGAUACCGCCAACUGCCAGACAGCUUCAGGUUCACCUCAGUGACCGACUCCCCAGAUAUGGUCCACGCCAAGACCAGCUACCAACAGUGCAGCGAGAGGUUGUACAAAUCGGGACGGAACGACGACAUGAACAAGUACACCUUACAUCCAGAUGAUCCCGACUUUGUCCGAGCCAGGAUGAACGCCCGGCACAUUAGCGACAAAGUAUACAAGGCCUCCGGGGAGCAGAUGAAGAUGCUGGGCUACGACUUAAGGCUGGACGCCAUCCCCUUCCAAACUGCAAAGGCCUCCAGAGAAAUUGCCAGUGAUGUGCUCUACAAGGACUCUCACUUGCGCGAGAAGGGCCAGCAGGUGGGGCUGCGCUGCGUGGAGGACGACCCGAAAAUGAUGCACCAGCUGGCGGCCAGCAAGCUCCAGAGCAACCUGGAGUACAAGCGGCAGUCCAAGGAGGAACGCUCCAACUACAAGAUGCACGCCGACCAGCCCGAGUUCCUGCUGGCCAAGAAGAGCCAGGCUCAAGCCAGCGACCUGACGUACCGAAGCAAGCUCCACGACUACACGUGUGACUCGGAGCAGCUCAACGUCAAGCACGCCAAGCAGGCCUACAAGCUGCAGAGCGACGUGAACUACAAGUCGGACUUGAACCGAAUGAGGGGAGCGGGCUGGACCCCGCCCGGUUCCCACAAGGUGGAGCUCGCUCGCCGGGCUGCUGAGCUGGGACUGGCUGAGGGCGUGACCACGGAUGAGGCCAUCGCCAAGUACCAACGAAUGAUAAUGUUUCACUACCAGCAGAGGAUGGGAGAGCAGCAGCAACAAGAACAGCAACAACAACAUACGUCCGAACAAGUGGAGACCAGCGAGAAGAUCCAACAAGGCGUCAACAUGGACGCCACGGAGGUGCUUCACGUCAACAGGACCAAGACUUACCAGACGGUGCAAAAGAAGCUCACCACCACAAGUAGCAGCAGCAGCAGUGCCACGUUCAAAUCCAUGGAGAAGAAAUCCAGCAGCACCUCGUCGGACGCCCGGAAAAACACGCUCAAGACGUCCGGUCAGGCCAAAGCCAUCAAAGACGCUUAAGAGGUUUUGGAGAACUGAUGCUAAACGGAUGGAUGAUUAUUGAAGGAUGGAAGCAUGUUGAAUGAAGACAGCAAAACACAAUGGUGGCUUUAUAUGGAAAAAUGGAAGUGAUUUAUUAUUCAUAAAAAAAUGUAUUGAUUAGCAAAACCACCACUGUGUUGGAAUCCAAAAUGGUGGCAUUGAACGGAACAGACAUGUGACAUGAAAGAUUAUUGUUUGCAUUUGGGAUUUAAUAACAACUUUGUAUUCUUAGCUUGGUUUGAUGAUGUCGUCCGAGCGAGGCAUCGACCGGAAGACUGGCAGGUUCAGCUUUUGCGACGCGAAAACUCAAAGCUGGCCUUGGAGUAAAUGCUCCAUUUUACUGCUUUCAAAAUAUAUAUAUUUUUUCCCUCGACCAAAUUGACUUUUAAGUGGUCGAAAUGGGUUGUUUUCAUUUGUUGCCUGAAAAGAAGCAUAAAAUAAAUCCAAUAAGUCCCAAAAAUAUUUUUCAAUUGUUUUAAUCAAAAAGCUGUGAUAGCGCGCACAUAUUCCAUGCACCCUUAAAAAAAACACUGGGUUACAAAAAAAAAAGAAAAAUCGCACGACCCGGGGAAUUGGAUUAAUUUGACCCAACUUCCAGGGUGGCUUCGAUUUUUAUCCUUGUUUUGAAGAGUGUAUUCAGUAUUACAUACAAUAUGUACACGUAGAGCAAAUAUUCUCCCGCUUUAUAAAUGUUUUUUGUUUUUU